AUGUCCAGAUGGUUCUUGACCAUCUCCAGUGAGGGAUAUUCCACACCGUCUCUGGGCAACGGCUUCCAGAGCCUGGUCACCCACACAGUAAAGAAGUUUUUCCUCGUAUUCAAGAGGAACUUCCCGUGCUUCCUUCUCACCCGGACAGAGCCAGGCAGCCACCCGGCCGAGAGAUCGCGGGCAGCGGUGCCGGUACGGGGCGGGGCUCCCGGCACGGGGCGGGGCCAUGGGCACGGGGCGGGGCCAUGGGCACGGGGCGGGGUCAUCAGCAAGGGGCGGGGCCAUCGGCACAGGGCGGGGUGCCGGUACGGGACGGGGCUCCCGGUACGGGGCGGGGCCAUCGGCACGGGGCGGGGCCAUGAGCACGGGGCGGGGCUCCCGGCACGGGGCGGGGCCAUGGGCAAGGGGCGGGGCCAUGGGCACGGGGCGGGGCUCUCGGUACGGGGCGGGGCUCCCGGCACGGGGCGGCCGGUCCGGUUCCCGCGGGGCGGGCGGGGCAGCGCUGGCCGCACGUAG